CAAUUAACCAUAAAUCAAUUCCUAAUUUCAUGUACAAAAGAUGAAAACUUGUGCUGAUGGAAGCAAUCUAUCAUGUUAAGAACAUCACCUAAAGUAAAUUAAAAGAAACAAUGGUAUAUAUUCUCUUGUGGGGGCAUUUCCCAAUAUGCCUUAUGUCUGGCUCUUUUCCUUCACGUUGACGUGGUGAUUCUCCCAUGAACUCUCUAUUACCAUCAUCACCACCAUCUCAGGAGGAGGUAUAAUUCCUUUCCAAUCGCUUCAACCAUAAGCCAAAACAAUCCCAAACCACUGUAAUUGCCCUUCAAGCCAACACAAAUCCACAUCACACGCCCUCCAUUUAUAAAUACAAUUACCCUUAGACAGCAAAAUGCACAUUCUCAUCAGAAGGACACAACAUACAGAAGAACCAUGAAAUACAGUGAGAUAUCACACUUCAGCCACCCCCAACACAAGCUCAGAUUUGAGCACAAUGCAUUCCCCUUCAAAUGUGAUGGCUGCAAAGAAAUCGGCAUAGGAUCGCGUUACAAAUGCAGCAUAUGUGACUAUGAUCUUCACAUGCAAUGUGCCAUACCUUCCCCUACUCUGGUCCACCCCUUCUACACCAAAUGCUCCUUCCAAUUCAUGUCUUCCCCCCCAGGUAACAUCCCACGUUACUGCAACGCGUGCGAGAAGGACGUGAACGGCUUUGUCUACCACUGCAAGUCCUGCGGGUUCGACCUCCACCCGUGUUGCGCGAAGCUGCCAAUGGUGCUUGAUGAUGGUGAGGUGAAGCUGUACUUGUACCGGAAAGUGAGCUCACCGUGUCAUCGGUGUGGGAGGAAAGGGCGGAGCUGGAGUUACAGGUCGAAGUGCAAGAGCUAUAAUCUGCAUGUGGCGUGUGUGAGGGAGAUGGUGGUGGAGAAUUGGGACCAUGUGUAUGUUGCAGGAGGAAAAGGGAGGAAUAAAGUGGUGGAGACUAGUGUUCCUGGACUAAAAAAUACUCUGUAUGCAGCACAUAACAGCAGAAGAAGUAAGGGGAAGGUGAAGAAGUGCUGUGAGAUUGCAGGGUUGGCUGUGCAGUUUGUGAUAUCUGCAGUGUUGGGUGAUCCUACUGCUCUCAUUGCAGGUGUUGUUGGGUCAUUGAUGUCGUGAGCUUGAUGUGCAGAGACAGAGUGCUUUGAGUAAUGGUAUCAACGAGUAUCCAAACAUAAAAUUUAGUGGUUUAAGGACUGUACUUGAGACAUGUGAUGGGUUUAUGUAACUCUUUAGUUCCACUUCCGGGAUGUUCAUAUCUACUUUUAAUUCUUCCAAAGUCACUUCUCCAGUUCUCCUCCUUAAUAAAAACUGCUUCUUGUAGAGAAUUACUUCUCUCCCAAACAUGAAUAGGCCAAAUGCUCGGUGGUACAAUUUAUAUGGAGACAAACACCAACGAACAUAUUUGAUUGGUCAAUAUGUAACAUGUAGCAAUGCUCAAUAAAUAGUAUUUGGAACUUUUUUUUUUUGAAG